GGGAAACAGUCUUACAGUGUCUGGAUGAAGCGGCGCGGCGUCUGGAAAUUAUGAAAGGAAGUAAACAAAUACAAAUGAUUCUACUCGGUUCACGUUGGCGAUUUCCAACUUCAUCGAUUUAGUAGAAGCUGUUCAUCGAUCACCCGUUGGUUCGUAAAAAUAGGGCCGCCAUUGUAGCGAUUCUCUAAAAGAUGAAUAUCCAAUAUCCGCAAAAUAAUUCCUGAUUAGGUCAGAAAAGUUUAGACUCAAUUGCUUGAAAAACAAAAUUAUUGAUACAAGUCGUGUCUCUAAGAAGCGUGCGGAAGCUUCUGUUGUCCAUGGGACUCGUGCACAUCGGACACUCACCGCAGUGGAGCACCGCUGGAUUGCACUACAGAAGGCGACGGUAGCAUUGGAGACUCAACAAAAAAUAGUAACAAUCCAGAAAAGAGCAAAGAAGAUGGUACUGACUACGAGAACUUCAUCUAUCACCCACAAUUUUUUUGGGUUCAUGAAUUUUGACACAUGCAUUUGCAUGCCCUUCAGCUUCACCAUUCAACAAAGUAAGAAUAACAAACUAGACAAAGAAAAGUAGAAGCAGAAGCUCUUUGGCUUUGGGUCGUUCAAACUUACAGUAUGUAAUUUAUUUUUCGAAGUAUCUUGUUCACCUCUAUCAUACAGGACGCACAGAAAUUCGUCGCACAGCGUAGCUGGAAAGAAUCCGAGAAGAUACGAGAUCAUUUCAACGAUUUCUUCAAGCAAAUCAAGCCUUUUACAGCCGCGGUGGUGGACGCAGUGAAAGGGUAUUUUCAUCUAAUCAAUUUCUUGCACUUCUCUUUGUCUUUGAUUACACGACAUCGAUCAUGUAUGAAGUUUUGACAAGGUUGGCUCGUAUUUAUGAAAAAGGCAUCACGGUUACAACCAAUGAAAUAGAUGAUGUUUUAAUAUUUCUAUAAGCUGCUUGUUUUAGUUAUAGUUUUUGAUCUUGAUGCAGUUGUACAACGAACUAAGACGACUUGUUGGUACAACUACAAGUGCACGUGCAUUAUGCAUACAGCAAUAUUUAUCACAUUACCACGACCGGCACCCUGCUUACGACCGCCUACAAUGUCUUCAUCCAACAGGAGCCGUGAUUUGCAACGCCAGAUGGGUAAAUUGAGCCGGAAUCUGCAUGGCGCCGAGCUCUCAAGGAAGAUGGAGGAGGAACACUGGAAGAGGAUGCGGGAUGCUCACGAAGUGGACGCAUUCUACAAAGUCGGGGAUGUCUCACUCACAGGAAAGUACAUCCCUCCAAGCGAUCUUCCAAAGACGUACAACCCAAACACACGCCCCACUGUGGUACACAACCUUGCGCAUGCGCAUAAAAACAAACACAGGUAGCGUCGAGAAGCGAAACACGGCAGAUGAUUAAGUGUUAGAUAGAUGGCUACCUGCGUGUCGGUGUGGACGUUCAUGAAGAUGUUGAUGAACUUUUCCAGGAUGAAUGUUGUAUCUUUUUUUCAUGAUGAUGAUCCGGAUAUUUCUGAUUUUUCUUAU